UUUCCCGAAAUAUUCUGAUCAGAAGAACAACACAUUGCAGAGGGAAUUAUAUUUUAAUACCAGACACGGUUCCUGUUUUAUACAGCAGUCUCUCCCACGAGUUCUCUAAUCGCGUCCGUCCCCUUUUCUUUUUUUACUGCCGUUGCUUCCUAAAAAGUCCCUAAAGCUCCUAUUCAGAAUGUCACUCGUCUGCUGUUUUAUCUGCAUUGUCCAACAGCUCGCAGGCGGCGGCACCCGUCUCUUUGUCCUCUCCUUCGGUGUCCCUCACCUGUUACACUCAACAGAUUAAAAAAAAAACUAUCCAAUCUCGGCUUGCACAGAAAACUCCCUCUUUUCUGGUGCUUUCAACUCGACUCCCCUCCGCGAACUGACAGUGCAGUCUAGACCCCCGCAGCGACCCCCCUCCUCCUCCCUCUUUGUAUCGCGCUGCUGUAGCAGAAGGAACCUCCACACUUCACUCUCGCCUCGGUACAGGAUAAGGCACGGAAAUCAUGGCUCUGCUGAAGACCACUUCAUCAGUCCUUGUACUUUGCUCCGUUUUCGCGACUUUGCAAGUGUCAGCACUGGUGAUGGUGACCAUGAAGGACCAGGUGGAAGUGUUCCAGGGAGAUACGGCACACAUUCCCUGCAGAGCCACCUUCAGCAAGACGCCCAGUGCUGUGCAUGUACAGUGGUUUGUGCGGGGGAGCAGCAGCCGGGAGCGGAUAUAUUUCAAGGACAGGAAUGUCAGCGUCGCGGACAACGGCACAGGGUACACGGGCCGCAUCAGCAUCGGCGACGACAACACCCUCACCAUCGCCGACGUGCAGCUCAGGGACGCCCGCGACUUCAUCUGCCAGGUCGGGGGCAUGUCAGCUGGCAAGGGGGAGAACAGGACCGAGCUGAAGGUCUACGUGACUCCGGAGUUCCCUGUGAUUGAGGGCAGCCACUCUGGAUUCUCCGUCACCAGUGACGAACAGUCAGAGAUCGCGUCCUGUGAAGUCAGGAAUGGCUACCCCCAGCCCAAUGUCACCUGGUACCGCAAUCACUCUCCCCUGCACCCACAUGAGAACCAGAUCACAGUGGUGCCACAAGUGACCAAGGAGUCCAAUGAACUCUUCUCGGUGAAGAGCAGCCUGCUCUACAAGGUCUCCAAGGAAGACAAAGAUGCCACCUUCUAUUGCGAGGUCACCUACUCUGCCCCAGGAAGUCUUAAGAUGGUCGAAUCAGAGCGCAUCAACAUCACCGUGCACUAUCCAACCACCAAGGUGGAGCUGGUGAGCGAGUCCCCUCAGGGCCUGAUUAAAGAAGGUGACACUGUGAAGCUGCGUUGCCGUGGUGACGGAAACCCACCCCCACAGUACACGUUUUAUUCAACCAGGUCAACGUCUACUGAGGAGACCGAACUGAAAUCUCAGUCUGACCUGUUGACCCUGGAGGAAGUGGCUCGGACAGACAGUGGACUUUACCAAUGCAAGACCCUGGACCUGGACACAUUUGAAGAGCUCACAGCAAACCUGGAGAUCUUAGUCCACUAUCUGGACCCUGUUGUGCUGAAACCCUCAGACACUGUUAUCGCUGUGGAGGGAGACCGUCUGAUAGUGUCCUGCAAUGCCCUGUCUUCUCUGAAAACCCAGGUUGUGUGGAAGAAGAAGGGGGAGUCCAUCUCAGCAGGCAACACGCUGACCCUGACGGAGGCUACCUUUGACACAGCGGGAGAGUACGUCUGUGAGGUCAGCGUGCCGGAGCUGCCUGGGCUGGAGAAGAGUGCUUCGCUGAUGGUGCUUGUGCAGGGAAUACCAAGGCUGAACAUGCAUCCUGAGACAGAGAUAGAGGAAACUGUGGGAAAGUUUGUGAACCUCACGUGUGAAGCCCGCGCGUACCCCCAGCCCAAAAUCCACUGGGUUAUAUCUGGCACUCAGGACUGGCGGGAGGUGUUCAGCCACGCGGGUGAGCAGCAUGUGGUCAGUGUGGUGACCGUCAGGGUGACCUCCGGCCUCCAGGCGGCUUGCAAUGCUUCGAACGAGGCCGGCUUCGAAGAGCAUCUCUUCGCCAUCUCAGCCACUCCUCUGGUAACUACCUCUACUGCUCCGUCCACCACUGUCACAAAAUCCAGAGAGAAGAUUGUGAAAAAAGAGGGCAGUGGCGUCAUCAUCGCGGUCAUCAUCGUGUGUAUCCUCCUCCUCGCCAUCCUGGGCAGUGUCCUCUACUUCCUGUACAAGAAGGGCAGGAUCCCCUGUGGCCGCUCGGGCAAGCAGGACAUCACAAAGGAAAAAACCACGAAGGACGACAUCGUUGUGGAGAUGAAGGCAGAAAAGCCAGCUGAGGAGACAGUGCUGCUACAGGGAGUCAAUGGUGAAAAGAAACCCCCCAGUGACCAGUAAAGUGCGAGAAAUACAUCGACCUGCGGAACUGAGGCCCGGAACGGAAAAGGGUGUAAAAGAGAUGGAAAAUCGCUUGCUCCUCCUUCGAGUUUUGCGCAAGGUGUCAUUUUAGCAAAGCAGAUCCUCCUGUAGAUACGUUCAUGAGCCCUUUUAGAAUCCCGUCCCCACACAGCUAGUCACAGCUCGAGACGGCUCCUUUCAGAGAGGGACAUUCGGAAACGAAUCCCAGAUGGGGCGACCAAAACUUCUCUCGGAGACAAAAACGUUAAUUUUUUAGUUGAAAAUCCCUUUUUUUUAUACUUUGUGUUUUUUUUUAUUUCCAUUGCCAUUCCAGGCAAUGGGUGUAAAUGAUGUUUAUUUUUGUUGUGCGUGGCGUUUGUAAUAUAUACUGUAGUAUUUAAAAUAACUUCACGACAAAACGACUUUAAAACAGAAAUGGCACCGGUACUUCAAUCACGGCGGCUUCCACUGUGCUUAACGCAAUUUCUUUUUUGAUGUUUUAGCUUUCCCUUUUCGAUAGAAGAAUCGAUAGAACGCCCCUAACCCGAACCCUAACGCUAACACAACACUGAGAUACUGCGAGCUCCAUCCUUACAGAGUGAUGCAGAGACCACUGUGCUAGACUGGUGUCUCUCGUACCAGUAGGCCCUCUAGUUUUAGCCCUUAGCUUUCAGAUCUCUUACAUAUCUUACAGCCUGUGCCUUGUUCAUUUGGCUGCCAAUUGCAUGGCUUGUUAAGAACACACAUGCAAACAGAAGGAUCCUGUUCACGAAACCCUCACGUUUUGGUUUUGGUUGAGAUCGACGACGAAACAGAAUAUCAGGCUCCUUUUUGGCUCGGACACAUUAUCACCGAAUCAUGCUUGGGCACGCAGCAUGUGAACGAAAUGCCCUGAAAGUAUCACCUGCAAGAACGGGAACAUCCUUAAGGAGGUAGAUGAGGGACAGGGCUAUUCCAUCACCAAUAUACUCAUUCCAAGUCACUUUGAAACUGCAACAACAUCGCUUGGGCAAGGUGGGGUACAUGAAGAACUGAGCGUAAAUAAGUACCUCCUGUUUUUUUUCCGCAUACGUUUUACUUUGCUACAUGGGAGGAAAAAAAAGCGUUAUGGGUCUCGGGUAUGGCUUUGUUUCCUUAUGCCCGAUACGUCUUUCCUGAGCUUUGUAAAAAUGAAUUCAUUUCAGGUCUCUCCAAUCCUCUUCUAUUGAUUUGCUCUGAGGUCUUGUGUUAACAAUAAAGCAGCAAACAGGCCCAAAGACCAAACAGUCGCCUCAGCAAGAGCAGUAAAAACGCAAUCUAAACCUGAGACAGCGUUGCAGGAGAUCGGGGCUCUUCUCUGGACACUUGACUGCAAUGGAAUGAAUGGAAGACCUGGGUUUCUUGGUGCAACACUGGUAUGCAAAACCAGUGCUGCCUAAUUAACAAGACAAUGUCAAGUGCUACACAAAUACCAAUAGUUAGACUUCAGCUACAGUUAUGGCUUCCACUGCAGAGAGGAUGCCUGGGAUCUGUAGCCUCAGCCAAGUGGGAACACCUGAAACAUGGCAGAAAGCAUGAAAAUAAUUCCCUCACCUCUCAGCAGCACAUGGAAAGUGGAGGGAAAUUCCCAGGUCCCUCACCCUUCUUUCAGUUGUGUCUUGUAGUUCACGGUUGCCGGGAAUUUCAAGAGGGAAAAAUGGGGAUUUGGAGGCGGGAGGGAUUUCUGUAGAAGUUACAUUACAGGGUUUCCAAGUUUCGGGGCAGGGUGUGAAAAUGACGGUUAUGUUCACCUCCUUCCUCGGUGGGCUGAACUGAGUCCUCAGUGCUCCCUCUAACUGGGGGUCUAGCAAGGGGAGAGACAGACCAGAUACUUUUACACUCCGUUUCCCUUGUUCACACAGAGCAGCGAGCCUUUCCUGUGAACUACCGUCAAGCUCUUGCACUGUUUGUAAAUAAUUGUGAUGUAGAAAUGUAGACUAGCUGAUGGUUCAGCUGACUGAGAGGGGCUUGUUCAGCGUUUGUUAAAAAUUAGCGCCUCCUCCUAGAUUGUUAUCUUCCAAGUGCAGGGCUCUCUUCUGUGUUUUUGUUUUAAUCCAGACAUGAGUCACACUGAAAUGUCUUGGUCCCUGAUUUUGUGUUAGAAGAAAAUGAUCGUGAACCCAGAGCUGUUUUGGAAAUGAAACACUGUUAAAUGUGUUGUCUUGGGUUAUUUUGAGUGACCUUUUAAGUGUUUAGCCUCGCAGUAGGUGUAGAGCUUAGUGUUUUACUGCAAGUCUGCAAUGUUGAGUGCUGGGCUGCAGUGUUCAGUAGCUUAGUGCUGAGUACUGGAACGCAGCGUUCAGCAGCUUAGCCCUUAGUGCAGGAUUACAGUAUGUUCAGUCGGUCAGAGUUGAAGGCUGACAUGCAGUGUUCAGUUGCUCAGUGUUGGGUAACUGGGCUGUAGUGUUCAGUAGCUCAGCACUGUGUGCCGGAUGCCAGUUUGUAUAAAUUACUGUUUAUGUACUUUUAAAGCACAGCAUCUGAAGGAAAGACACAACAGUCUGACUUGGGCCAAAGCAGCAUUUUCCUAGUAAAAAUAAACUCACAGAAAGAGAAAAUUAGCAUCUUUGUUACACUGCUGUUACUUUCAUUUGUUUUGUUUAUUUUAAUGUGUUAACUUAAAAUGGUGUUUGACUGUUGGGCACCUUAAGACUACUCACUGGAUAAUUUAUAGUCAAACCUUUUCACAGCCUUGGUCCAUGACAGCGCAUUAGGCUAUGAGGAGGUGGGAAGAGUCAAGGUACUGUAUGUAACAAGCAUUUAAUCCUGCAAAGACAGACAGACACAAUACAACAGCUGCUGGAUGUCAGGGAGGGGUUGAGGUUGCCUUGGAAACUUCGGAAUCAAACAAGGAGCAUUCCAGGGGUCUGGAAAGAGCACCGACAGCCCCUGCUUCAUCUUAGCCUACGCUGUCCCGAAAAGAGCUUUUCGAAACACCGUUUGACUGUAACCGAUGUGAAUCUGUGAACAUUAAAAGGUGUGAGGCAAGCGUAAGACCGGAACCGGGAGUCAAGUGAGACAAAACAAACAUACUGUGCCUUGUUUCGAUUUUUAUUUUAUUUUAGCUGGAUGUAUUGAAGUGAACGAUGUCACAUGCAGGACUAGAAAUGCAAGGCUGGGAGAAGGAGACAGCGUGUUUGUUGCAGCCCCACAGAACAAUCUCCAGACCUCAGGUUGGCUCCAGCAGCUCCCGAAUUACAUUACUAAACGAAAUGAACAAGAAAGAAAAGAAGGGAACUCAAUUUUCUUUGAUUAAGUUAAACUAUUUAAAUACUGCUGACAGCUCAGAUGAAUCACUGUAAACAUUCUUUAAAGAGCUGACUGCAACCCUAGGACUCGGAGGAAUAUUGCUCUGGUGUGGAUUUCAAAACGACAUGAUAGCGACCUUCCCGCUUCUACUUUUUUUUUAAUUCUUAAUCUUCAGGAUUUCCUGCAUGUGUUUUUUUUUUUUAGAGGACUGCAUAUAGCACCCAAAAGAAAAAAAAAUAUAGAGAAUUUCAGUUCUUAAUUGGUUUUACACUUUCGGGUCAUCCGAGUUUUUUUUUAACCUUCACAAAUGAUUAAAGCAGCGUCUCCCUUCUCAGCCCUCAGCAAAAUGCUUUUUGGGAGCUCUUCUAACCUCUGAAAACUGUAAACGACUGUUAAAAUCUUCCUCUUCCUCUGAUUUUUAAUGGUGUUUUUUUUUGCUACUGUGUGUAAAUUAAGAUGUACUUGUGAACCUGAAGCUUGUAGUUAUUUUUUACUGUUGUUUUGAAAGAAAACAAUGCCAAAUAAACGUGACUUAAAAACAAA